AGUUUCGUUUCCUCGCGGGCCUCGCGCGGUCGUUGGUCUUCCGCGGCCGCCGUCCCAGCGCGUCCCUUCCCGUCCCGCAGGAGCGCCAUGGCGGAGCUGGUCCCCCUGGCCGAGGAGCUGUCGUGCUCCAUCUGCCUGGAGCCCUUCAAGGUGCCGGUCACCACCCCGUGCGGCCACAACUUCUGCGGCUCGUGCCUGGACGAGACGUGGGCCGUCCAGGGCCCGCCGUAUCUGUGCCCGCAGUGCCGCGCCGGCUACCACGCGCGGCCGCAGCUGCGCAAGAACACGGUGCUGUGCGCGGUGGUGGAGCAGUUCCUGCAGGCCGAGCAGGCCCGGGCGGCGCCCCCGCCCCCCGACGGCUGGAAGCCGCCCGCCCGCGCCGCCGCGCCCAGCCCGGCGGGCCCGGUGGCCUGCGACCACUGCCUGAAGGAGCCCGCCGUCAAGACGUGCCUGGUGUGCAUGGCCUCCUUCUGCCAGGAGCACCUGCAGCCGCACUUCGACAGCCCCGCCUUCCGGGACCACCAGCUGCAGUCCCCCGUCCGGGACCUGAUGCGCCGCAAGUGCCCCCAGCACAACCGGCUGCGGGAAUUUUUCUGCCCCCAGCAUGACGAGUGCAUCUGCCACAUCUGCCUGGUGGAGCACAAGGCCUGCUCGCCUGCGUCCCUGAGCCAGGCCAGCGCCGACCUGGAGACCAAGCUGAAGCAUAAGCUGACUGUCAUCUACAGCCAGGUCAACGGUGCCUCGAGGGCGCUUGAGGACGUGAGAGCCAGGCAGCAGGAUGUGCGGGAGGCUACAAAUCGGAAGAUGGAGCAGCUUAGACAGGAAUACAUGGAAAUCAAGGUGCUCAUUGAUGCCGCAGAGGCCACCUCCACACGGAAGAUAAAGGAAGAGGAGAAGAGGGUCAAUACCAAGUUUGACAACAUUUACCAGAUCCUUCUCAAGAAGAAGAGUGAGAUCCAGGCUCUGAAGGAGGAAGUUGAACUUGCCCUGACCAAGGGGGACGAGUUUGAGUUUCUGGAGAAAGGGAUAAAACUGCAAGGUGUCUCCACAAAGCCAGUCUACGUCCCCAAGGUGGAGCUGAAUCAGGAGCUGAUCAAGAGUGUCUCUCAGGGCACCUCGGGCCUCAAAGACGAGCUGAAGCGGUAUAUCAGGCAGGCCCAGGACAAGAAGCCCGAGGAACCCACCGGCUCAGGGAACCCCGGAGAGCAUGGCCCAGCAUCUACGCCCAAACCCAUACACUUUGCAAAAAAGUUCCCGAAAGAAGAAAAGAGAUCCAAGAAACCUCCCCCUGCCUCUGCCUCUGCCUCAGCCACCAAGAUGCCCACCUUUGGAGUCCCGGAAGAGUUACUGGAACUAAAGCAGGCUGGCCUGGAGAGUGUAGGCAAAGCCACCACCGCGCCGCUGAAUGCGGCGGUCCUCAAGGCCAAGGUGCUGGAGACCUUCUUAGCCAAGUCCAGGCCCGAGCUCUUGGAGUAUGCCGUUAAAUUCAGCCUGGACUACAACACCGCCCACAACAAGGUGGCGCUGUCGGAGAACUACAGUGUCGCCUCUGUGGCCGACUCACCCCUGAACUACCAGCCGCAUCCCAAGAGGUUCAUGUACUGCUCUCAGGUGCUGGGCCUGCACUGCUACAAGAAAGGGAUCCACUACUGGGAGGUGGAGCUGCAGAAGAGCCACUUCUGUGGGGUGGGCGUCUGCUAUGGCAGCAUGCCACGCCAGGGCCCCGAGAGCCGGCUCGGCCGCAACAGCGCCUCGUGGUGCGUGGAGUGGUUCAACACCAAGAUCUCUGCGUGGCACAACAACGUGGAGAAGACGCUGCCCUCCACCAAGGCCACGCGGGUCGGUGUGCUUCUCAACUGUGACCAUGGCUUCGUCAUCUUCUUUGCCGUCGCCGACAGGGUCCACCUGAUGUAUAAGUUCAAGGUGGACUUCACGGAAGCCCUGUACCCGGCCUUCUGGGUGUUCUCUGCUGGUGCCAUGCUCUCCAUCUGCUCCAAGUAGGCAGGCCCCGGACGCGGGCCUCUGCGGGCCCCAGACUGUGGGGGGCAGAGCUGCAGGGGGACCUCUGAGGGACCAGGGGUUGAGAGUGUGGGAGGGGACCUGGUGGGAGGCGGGGGCCGGGGGAUGGGGUAAGAGGAGAGAUCUGGCCAGGGGAAGGGGUGGGGGUGAUCGCGUGCUGGGCCAGGAAGCAUUGCCACCUCCUGGUGCCCAUUAGGGCAGGGUGACCUCCUCCCCCUUGUUCUGGUAGGUCUCUGGCUGCGGGCGUGGGGCGGGGCUUUGGGGGGUAAAAUCGUUAGCACCCUUUCCUCUUGGAGGGAGUCUGUAGCCGCCGUGCGCUCCUCAGGCGACGUGGCGUGAGCCCCUUUGCUCUCUGGAUCAGCCUUCGGUUCUUAGCAUUUUGAUUCCUCCCUAUAGGGCUAUUCAACGCAAUAGAUUGUUUAAAAAUUCCAGAGUAAUUGAAUUUCAGUUAUUCACCCCCCACCCCUCCCCCUGCCCACCUGCGGGCAUUCGGGUGUAUGCUCAGACCCUGGUUAUUUUCUGUCCUUAAGAGAAACUACACAUGUCGGGUCUCCACCCAGAUCAGAGUUUCUUUGUAGGGAAGAGAUCCCUCCACUGGCAAAUAGGCCUGCCCCCCUUCCUCUCCUCGUACCUCACACCCCAUCGAUGGCUUUCAAAUGUUUAAUGCAACAGGAAACUUUUCAGGCUAAGGUUUCGAACCACGAUCUGAAUCAGCCUUUGUGGAAUUUGUGAUUCAAGGUGAAGGUGACCCAGGUCCCACAGAUGGAAACCCCUCCCAUUUCCCACUCUUGGCUGACAUUCUUUGGCUGUACCCACAGAGCCUUGGGGAGGCCUUCUUCCCAUAGCUUAGGCUUUGGGGCAAGGAACUCCCCUGGGCAAGAGCGACCCUGCUCUGGGUUGACAGAGCGUGGUGGUUUUGCUCUUAGUAGAGUGUUGUCUUGCCUUCUUACUGAUAACUGGGCUCCGUGGUAGCCUCUCCUCCCCAGGACUGUGAGAUCCUGGACUGGCUGGUGGAGAUCCCACGGUGGCCAGCACAGUCGAGUGGACAGCUAGGCUUGCUAUCCGUAGCCUGUAAUCGCAUGGACAGGUCAUGCGGGGCUGCCUCCCGGACCACGCUAGCUCACCUGCUGGGGUGACUACCUGUGGCCCAAAGCAUCUUCUGGCAGGUCCUGGGAAACAUCAGCAUUCCUGUUUAUCCCUGGCCACAGGCUGCACCCCCCGGGGCUGGCCCUCACGGGAGUCAGAUGCCUGCCGCUGGCUCUAGCCCCUUCUCUUUGCCUCCUUUGAGCUAAUUCCAGAUGGGGGUUGACCAGGCUAGGGGAGCCAGAGACUUUAAGGGCCAGGGAGAGAAUGCACUACAGGGCCCAAGCACAAGGGGCUAACUUUCCUGCAGUGCUUCUGUGCAGUGAAAAUGAUCCCAGUCCAUGAAGGGGAAGGAAGGAAUGGAUUGCCAGAAUUUCCCAAGCUCCUUAUAUCCUGAUGUUGUCAGGAUAUAAAUUCCCAAUCCAAAAGUGGGAGGAAUUUAACCUCCUGUUGGUGAGAUGAAUCCUGCUCUGGACUUUCCUAAGAGGGGAAGCUCAGAUUAGGCUCUUUGUGGUAUAAAAAAGAGGUCACCAUUGGGGACGUGGCGACCCCAGACCUCUUCUAUGAGUAUUUGAGAAUGUAACACAUCUCUGGCCUCGAGCUGGAAUUCCAGGGCACUCCCAUCGAGCCCCGAGCACUGGAAAUUCCUGAUGGGUGUGUUGAUCUGUGUCCUCCCCUGGCAAGGACUUCCACUUCCUUGGGAGGGAGAUCAUCUUUGUAGGGAAGAGAUCCCUGCAGUAGCCGAGAUGUAGUUUUUUUUAAAGUUUUCUUCCUUUGAUUCUGGGAAGAAGAGUUCUUUGGUGAUUCUUCUCUGCUGUUGGCCCAGGUCAAAAGCAUCUUCAUUGAUCCUCUGAAACAAAAGCCUUGUCUGAAGCCAAUUUGGCUUGGGAGACAGCUGGGCUGAGGGGAGGAGAAUGCUGGCGGGGAGUCCGUGGGUCCUGCUGUGGCUCUCUUCUGUGGACCUCAGGGCAACAGAGCGCGCCUCCCCCGCGCGUUGUCCCAGCCUCGGGACGGGGCAGAUACUUCCCUCUGUGUGUGAGAGAGGCAAGUGGGUAGCCCGCGCUGAACUCUGUGCAAGGGGCUCUGGAGAUGGAAACCCUUGCUGUCCUGAGCCAUCCUGUGUGCAGCGGUGAGACGUAAGUUCCCUCGCCACUGCCCAGGGCACAGUCCUCAAGGUUGGGGCAACUUUGCAUUCAUCUGACUUCUCGUUUUGCAAAGUCAGUCAGAUGAGGAGGUAUUGGAUUCCUCUGCUCACUACUCUUGCCAUCCCGUCAUGGAGGAGAUGCCACCUAGAUGCCCCCCGGCACCCUGGGGAAGAGUCAGAAAUCCCCAGAAACACAAACAUAAAACUACGACCCCAGACGCAGGCGUCAGGGACCGACGCAGUCACUCUAGCAUGAGCAGGUCAGGGUCGGGUGUUUGUAUUAUUCAAGACCGGUCGGUGCCUCUGGCUUCAUUACUCUGAAAUGGAUCUGUGACCUGGAACUAAUAUUGGGACAUCAUUUCUUUAUCCCGCCUCCCCCCACUAUUGACUUUAGUUAAUUCAGAGUAUUUGAGCUAUUAUUUCACGAGCUGAUUUUUUUAAGGAGUCGACUCUUCAGGAGACAAUUAGGGCCGUAGGCACCGAUCUUUUGAAACCCAUGAGAACUACUAGGGCCAAGGCUGGUUGACCUGCCUUAGAACCUGUGAAUGUAACAAAGCAGUAUCUGGCACUUUUUCUUGCAGCCCAGACAUCGUAUGCAUCGUCUACACACACUGAAAAGUAUAGCACUUUCUGAGUUCUGGGAGUUCUCGUGAAUUUUGUUUUUGUUUUGUUUUGUUUUCGUGAAUUCUUGAGCCCGAGGGAGGUGCUGGAUGUUUCUCUUGCUUCAACAAUCAUGUGUUGAAACCUAACCCCCAGUGCGAUGGGAGGGGUGGGGGGAUUAGGUCAUAAAAGCAGAGCCCUCGUGAAUGAGAUCAGUGCCCCUAUAAAGAGACCUCCGUAGAGCUCCCUCACCCCUUCUGCCAUGUGGGGACAUAGCAGGAAGACAGCUGUCUGAACCAGGAAGCUGUUCCUCACCAGGCUUUGAAUCAACCAGCCCUGGAUCUUGGCUGGAUCUUCCAGCCUUCAGAGCUGUGAGAAAUAAAUGUUUGCGAUUGAAGUCACCCAGUUUCUGGUACUUUUGUCACAGCAUCUCAGCCUACGACACGCGGGAGCUGCACAGCUGAAUAAAGGAAGCCUCAUUUGAAAUGCAGUUGGGAGGCACCUGGGUGGCUCAGUUGGUUAAGCGUCCAACACUUGGUUUCAGCUCAGGUCACGAUCUCAGGGUUGUGGGAUUGAGCCCCACCUCGGGCCCCACGCUCAGCACGGAGUCUGCGUGUCCCUCUCCCUCUGCCCCUUCCCCUGUUUGUGCUCCUUCUGUCUUUCUCUCAUAAAUAAGGCUUUUUUUAAAAAAAAAUGGAGUCAGGAGGCUGGAAGGGGGAGCUCUCAUGCUGUACCACUCCUUGCAGCCCUCUGCAGACCCAGGGGGAAGAGAAUACCUUGCAUUCGCAGCAGGAAGAAGCCUACACUUUACUACCCCAGCAGGAGGGAGAGAGAUUUUCUCCUGCCCCGGCAACAGCCCAGCCAAUGAGAGACCUUUACAACUCAGCUGGUGAAAAGCCAUCACUCUUGCAACUCCCAGUUUAUGCCAACGGACUUCUGUUGAGAACCCUCCAGAAACCGCCCGCCCUCUUUCCUCUGUCAAAGAAUGUUCCUCCCUUUUGUUCUCAGGACUUGUGUGUAGUUUUGCCGUGACUUGCAUGUCCCGAGUUGCAAUUCUCUGCUAUUCCUGAAUAAAUCUAUUUUUGCUGGAAAUACAACUUUCAUUUUCAAGGUUAGCAUUACCUUCUGGAUUUGCCAGUCAGAAGUGUCGGCGGCCUGGGGACCCCCGAAGUGUGGCUGCUGUCUGAAGCAAGGGCAGUCCUGUUGGGACAGUGUCCCCCAGCCUGUAGAAUCCAAACUGCGGGCUGUUAGCAGAAUUGUGUCACCGUGCACCAUGUGCUGUGAGCACAGAGGUGGCGGGAUUGCAAACUUUGUUGUUUUUUUUUUAAGAUUGUAUUUAUUUAUUUGACAGAGAGAGCACACCCAGGCAGAGCGGCGGCAGGCAAAGGGAGAGGGAGAAGCAGGCUCCCCGCGGAGCAGGGAGCCCGAUGCGGGGCUCGAUCCCAGGACCCUGGCAGGCAGACGCUUAACCGACUGAGCCACCCAAGUGUCCCAUCUUUUUGGUUCUUUAUAAGGAAUUCCAUCUCUCUGUUUACAGUGCCCAUCGUCCCUGUAUGCCAUCUACUUUAUCUAUCAAAGCCCUUAGCUAAUUAAUUAUAGUUGUGUUAAAUUCCCAGCCUGAUCGUUCCAGCAUCCCUACCAUGUCUGCUGUACCUCUUCGGAUUGUGGUGUCUGCCUUCUGGCCUGCUCUGUAACCUCUUCUGCCUAGCCACACGCGAUGUACUCGGCGAAGGUGAGAGGCGUGGCUGUGGACAGGCCUUUGGUGUGGGCGGACGGGACGUGUUCCGUAGUCCUGUGAUGAGGUCUCAGACCUGGGUGAGCCUAUGCUUCUGGGCUGUGAGCUUCACAAGUAUUUCUCAGUCUUCUUCUCCUCCCCCCAAGUAGGACAGGAUGGCUAGAGGGGGCUGCAGUGGGCUACUUCUCUGCCCCCAGAUCUGCUAGGCUCUGAUAAAAGCCCAGCAGGGUAGGCUGUGGUGAAAUAGUUUCUCCUGAGGACAGGCCUUGUUAAGAAGAGCAGAGUGCUCUGCUGUAUUUCAGAAUGGUCCCUCUUCCCCUACCUCCUGGAAGCUCAAGAGGAUUUUUCUCCGGUAUUUACUGUGGGAACCUGAUUGAGCUCUUGGAGGUAAAUCUCACAAUACGGUGGGAGUCCCCCUAUGACUGGGCCCCUUGGAGUUUUUAACCUUCGGAGUCGUCCACCCAAGUCGCCAGCAGUUCAUCAGUUACACUCCGGGUGUUUCUACUCCAGCAGUGGUUCCAUUGGUGAGUCUCAGCCUUCAGAAGUCAUGAUUCCUUGUUUGCCGUCUGUGUCUCCAAUCUUGGGGACAGCAGUCGGCCCUGCGUACUCCCGUCUCGUAUGGGUCCAAGAAGAGUGGCUGAUCAUUCAAUCUGUCAGCUUUGUACUUACUGUUAGGAGGGAAUUGCAACUUCCAAGCUUCGUAUAUGUGGACGUCCAUGCUUUCAUUUUUAUUCAGUUCAAAAUACUUUUGGUUUCCCUUAUUUCUUCUUUGACCCAUCAGUUAUUUAGAAGUGUGUUUUUUUAGUUUUUACAUAUCUGGGGGGUUUUCCAGAUAUCUUUCUGCUAUUGGCUUUUAAUUUAAUUCCAUUGUGGUCUGACAUAUACUUUGCAUUGUUUGAAUUGUUGGAAAGUUAGCAAGUUUUGAUUCAUGACUCAGAAUAUGAUCUAACUUGGAAAAUGUUCAUGUGCAUCUCAAAAGAUUGUGUAUACGGCUGUUGCUGGGUGGACUGUUCUAUACAUGUCACUCGGUCAAGUUGAUAAUGUUCAAGUCCUUUAUUUAUAUCCUUACUGAUUUAUGCUUACUUGUUGUAUCAGUUAUUGGGAGAAGGGUUUUAUAAUCUUUGACUAAAACCGUGGGCGUAUCUACUUUCUUUUUUUAUCAGUCUUUGUUUUAUGAAAUUUGAAGCUUCCUUAUUAAGCACCUAUUUAGGAUUUUUAUGUCCUUUUAUCCUUAUGAAGCAACCUUUACAUCCCUGCUAAAAUUCUGUGCUCUGAAAACCGCUUGUCUGAUAUUAAUACAGACACUCUAGCUUUCUUUUGCUUAAUGUUAGCAUGGCAUAUCUUUUUUCCAUCCUUUUGCUUUUAACCUAUGUCAUGUUUGAAGUGUAUUUCUUAUAAGACAGCAUAUAUUUGGUUCUUGCUGCUUUUUGCAAUCUGACAAUCUCUGUUUUUAACUGAUGUGUUUAGACCACAUACACUGAAUGUAACUAAGCAUGUAGAAUGGGAAAUAAUGCUGUGGU